UGCCGUGCGGCCGUGACUAGACAUUCGGUCAUAGGAGCUGUGGAGGGGGGCGCUCGAGCCACGUCGGUGAAAGAAAUCAACGCUUGCAGGCAGAUUACAAAGAGGGUGAGUAGGCUAAUUGCGACAACUGCUGCAUCUUCCUUCAUCACCCGCAAAUAUCAGCUCGGGAGCGCAGAAAUCCACCCAGGACUGCCAAUCCUGUUGAUGCGGGUCCCUCCUGCUCAUCCAGGAGCAGGAGAUCCCAGGCGAUCAUGUCAACACCUGAUCCCCCCAUGGGAGGCACCCCUCGCCCUGGUCCCUCCCCUGGUCCGGGUCCUUCUCCUGGGGCUAUGCUUGGCCCCAGCCCCGGACCCUCCCCAGGCUCCUCUCACAGUAUGAUGGGCCCCAGCCCUGGUCCUCCCUCCUCUGGACACUCCCAGCCAGGGCCCUCUGGAUAUGGCCCGGACAGCAUGCACCCUCUGCACAAACCCAUGGAGGGUUUGCACGAGAAAAGCUUGAGUGAGGAGAGCCGUUUAAGUCAGAUGAAGGGACUGUCAGUGAGACAGGGCGGGCACAGUGGUAUGGGCCCCCCACCCAGUCCUCUAGACCAACACUCACAAGGCUACCACUCUCCAUUAGGUGGCUCUGAUCACUCAAGUCCCAUCCCUUCAAAUGGUCCCCCCUCUGGGCCCCUUAUGCCCUCAUCAUCUUCCUCCUCUUCCUCUGGUGGUCCUGGCUCUGCCUCUACACCAUUAGAUGGCUCCAGUGGAGAUCAGCACAUUUUGGGUCCUAAUAACCGACCCGUCCCUCCAGGCAGUUCUGGACCAGGUCCAAGCCCUGGACCCAGUCUUGGCCCCAGUGUCCCUAGCCUUGGUCCUGGCCUUGAUACCAGCGGCCCUGCGGGACCUGGAGGUCCUGGUGGUCCAACUCCCUUUAACCAGAACCAGCUUCACCAACUUAGAGCCCAGAUCAUGGCUUAUAAGAUGCUAGCCCGGGGACAGCCCCUCCCAGACCACCUUCAAAUAGCUGUCCAAGGAAAGAGGCCGAUGCCAGGGAUGCAGCAGCCCAUGCCUAGUCUGGCUCCCGGAGCUGGAGGAGGGCCAGGAGGUGGUCCAACAGGACCAGGGCCAGGGCCAAUGGGCUCAGGCUACAGCCGAGGUCACGGAAUGAUGGGUCCAAAUAUGCCUCCCCCCGGCCCAUCAGGAACCCCAGUUGGGAUGCAGGGUCAAAAUACUAAUGGACCUCCGAAGUCAUGGCCCGAAGGCCCCAUGGUGAACGCAGCAGCCCCCUCCAACGCUCCACAAAAACUCAUCCCCCCUCAGCCCACUGGCCGGCCAUCUCCUGCUCCCCCUUCAGUUCCGCCGGCUGCCUCCCCGGUGAUGCCCCCGCAGACCCAGUCUCCCGGCCAGCCUGCGCAGCCUACUCCCAUGAUGCCUUACCAUGCCAAACAGAACCGCAUUACACCCAUUCAGAAACCCUGUGGCCUCGACCCCGUGGAGAUACUGCAGGAGAGGGAGUACAGGUUACAAGCUCGUAUAACCCAUCGCAUUGCUGAGCUAGAGAAUCUACCGGGUUCUCUGGCUGGUGAUUUACGAACCAAAGCCACCAUAGAGCUCAAAGCCCUGCGACUACUUAACUUCCAGAGACAGCUGCGUCAGGAGGUGGUGGUGUGUAUGCGCCGUGACACAGCUCUAGAGACCGCCCUUGAUGCCAAGGCCUACAAGCGAAGCAAGCGACAGUCUCUCCGCGAAGCCCGCAUCACAGAGAAACUGGAGAAACAGCAGAAGAUUGAACAAGAACGCAAACGUAGACAAAAACAUCAGGAGUACCUCAACAGCAUCCUUCAGCACGCCAAAGACUUCAAGGAGUACCACCGUUCGAUCACAGGCAAAAUCCAGAAACUGACCAAAGCUGUGGCCACCUACCACGCCAACACCGAGCGGGAGCAGAAGAAGGAGAAUGAGCGUAUUGAGAAAGAGAGGAUGAGGAGGCUCAUGGCUGAGGAUGAGGAGGGCUACCGCAAACUCAUCGACCAGAAGAAGGAUAAGCGCUUGGCCUACCUGCUGCAGCAGACCGACGAGUACGUUGCAAACCUCACAGAGCUGGUCCGAGCCCACAAAGCUGCACAGGCCCUCAAGGAGAAGAAAAAAAAGAAAAAGAAAAAGAAGAAGGUGGAGAAUGCAGAGGGUCAGACUCCUGCUAUGGGUCCUGAUGGAGAGCCUCUAGAUGAGACGAGUCAGAUGAGUGACCUGCCGGUGAAGGUCAUCCACGUGGACAGUGGGAAUAUCCUGACAGGGGUGGACGCUCCCAAAGCUGGACAGCUGGAAACUUGGCUGGAGAUGAACCCUGGAUAUGAGGUGGCUCCCCGCUCAGACAGUGAAGACAGCGAGGAGGAGGAAGAGGAGGAGGAGGAAGAAGAGGAGCCUCAGCCUUCGGCAGCUCCAGUAGAGGACAAGAUGAAGAUUACAGACCCAGACAGUGAAGAUGUGUCAGAGGUGGACGUCCGACACAUCAUUGAAAAUGCUAAACAGGACGUGGACGAUGAGUAUAGCGGUGCAGCGUUUGCUCGAGGACUCCAGUCGUAUUACUCUGUGGCUCACGCUGUCACAGAGAAGGUGGAGAAACAGUCCAGCUUGUUGAUAAAUGGGCAGCUUAAACAGUAUCAGAUUAAAGGUUUGGAGUGGCUGGUUUCUCUUUACAACAACAACCUGAAUGGGAUCCUGGCUGAUGAGAUGGGUCUGGGAAAAACCAUCCAGACUAUCGCUCUCAUCACAUACCUCAUGGAGCACAAACGGCUCAACGGACCCUACCUCAUCAUUGUACCUCUUUCAACUCUUUCUAACUGGGUGUAUGAGUUUGACAAAUGGGCGCCAUCAGUCGUUAAAGUGUCUUACAAGGGGUCUCCUGCUGCUAGAAGAGCGUUUGUCCCUCAGCUGCGUAGUGGCAAGUUUAAUGUUUUGCUCACCACUUAUGAGUACAUCAUCAAGGACAAACAAGUACUGGCCAAGAUCCGUUGGAAGUACAUGAUUGUAGACGAAGGCCACCGCAUGAAAAACCACCACUGUAAACUGACCCAGGUCCUGAACACCCAUUACCUUGCUCCGCGGCGCGUCUUGCUGACGGGGACGCCGCUGCAGAACAAACUUCCUGAGCUGUGGGCGCUGCUCAAUUUCCUCUUGCCCACUAUCUUCAAGUGCUGCAGCACCUUCGAACAGUGGUUUAACGCCCCUUUCGCUAUGACUGGAGAGAAGGUGGACCUUAAUGAAGAGGAGACAAUUCUGAUUAUUCGUCGUCUCCAUAAAGUGCUACGCCCCUUCCUGUUACGGAGGUUGAAGAAGGAGGUGGAGGCACAGCUUCCAGAAAAGGUGGAGUAUGUGAUCAAGUGUGACAUGUCUUCUCUUCAGAGAGUCCUCUACAGGCACAUGCAGGCCAAGGGAGUCCUGCUCACUGAUGGAUCAGAGAAAGACAAGAAGGGUAAAGGGGGCACGAAGACACUGAUGAACACCAUCAUGCAGCUGAGGAAGAUCUGCAAUCACCCUUAUAUGUUUCAGCAAAUAGAGGAAUCCUUCUCUGAACAUUUAGGAUUCUCUGGUGGGAUAGUUCAGGGUCCUGACCUGUAUCGGGCAUCGGGAAAGUUUGAGGUGCUGGAUCGAAUUCUGCCAAAGCUGAGAGCCACAAACCACAAAGUGCUGCUUUUCUGUCAGAUGACCUCACUCAUGACCAUCAUGGAGGACUACUUUGCCUACCGUAACUUCAAAUACCUGCGUCUGGAUGGCACAACAAAGGCUGAGGAUAGAGGAAUGUUACUGAAGACAUUCAAUGACCCAGAGUCAGAGUACUUUAUUUUUCUCCUGAGCACAAGGGCUGGAGGCCUCGGCCUCAAUCUGCAGUCUGCCGACACUGUAGUUAUUUUUGACUCCGACUGGAACCCACAUCAGGACUUGCAGGCACAGGACAGAGCUCACCGCAUUGGUCAGCAAAAUGAGGUACGCGUGCUACGUCUCUGUACAGUCAACAGUGUCGAGGAGAAAAUCCUGGCAGCGGCCAAAUACAAACUAAAUGUGGAUCAAAAAGUUAUCCAGGCCGGCAUGUUCGACCAGAAGUCUUCCAGCCACGAGCGCAGGGCCUUUUUGCAGGCCAUCCUGGAGCACGAGGAGCAAGACGAGGUCUGGGGUCAAGACGUGUGCCUACACAUGAAUGAGGAGGAUGAGGUGCCAGAUGAUGAGACGGUCAACCAGAUGAUUGCUAGGAGUGAAGAGGAGUUCGAGCUGUUCAUGCGUAUGGACCUGGACCGACGCCGCGAGGAGGCUCGUAACCCACGACGAAAACCACGGCUGAUGGAGGAGGACGAGCUGCCCACGUGGAUCAUGAAGGACGAUGCUGAGGUUGAGCGACUUACCUGUGAGGAAGAGGAGGAGAAAAUGUUUGGCCGAGGUUCCCGACAACGGAAGGAAGUGGACUACAGCGAUUCGCUGACUGAGAAGCAGUGGCUCAAGGCGAUAGAGGAAGGCACACUGGAGGAGAUGGAGGAAGAGGUGCGGCACAAAAAGACGACGCGCAAGAGGAAGCGAGACCGUGACCUGGAUCUCCCUGGUCCCUCCUCUUCCAUAGGGGGACGUGGACGGGGGGAUAAAGAUGAUGAUGGGAAGAGGCAGAGGAAGAGGGGACGGCCACCUGUCGAAAAACUCUCACCAAAUCCUCCCACCCUCACAAAGAAGAUGAAGAAAAUUGUGGACGCUGUCAUCAAAUACAAAGACAGCGCCAGUGGGCGUCAGCUGAGCGAGGUGUUUAUCCAGCUGCCGUCUCGAAAAGAGCUGCCCGAGUACUACGAACUCAUCCGCAAGCCGGUAGACUUCAGGAAGAUCAAGGAGAGGAUUCGAAGUCAUCGCUACCGCAGUCUGGGUGACCUGGAGAGAGACGUCAUGCUGCUCUUCCAGAAUGCUCAGACCUUCAACCUGGAGGGGUCGCUGAUAUACGAGGACUCCAUCGUUCUACAGUCGGUAUUCACCAGCUUGAGGCAGAAGAUCGAGAAAGAGGAGGAAAGUGAGGGAGAGGAGAGUGAAGAAGAGGAGGAAGAGCAGGAGGAAGGAUCAGAGUCCGAAUCCCGUUCAGUGAAGGUGAAAAUCCGUCUGAGCAGGAAGGAUAAAGGUGGAGAUCGAGGGAAGGGACGCAGCAGACGGACGGGACGCACCAGAGCAAAGCCGGUCGUCAGUGAUGAUGACUCUGAGGAUGAGCAGGAAGAGGAGCGCUCCCCAAGUGCCACCGAUGAGGAGGCCUGAACUGUACUGUGAAUUAGGAGAGACGGGUGUAUAAAGGGAUAUCCCACCAAAUCAAUCAACACUUCUAAAGUAAUAAAACAUGCCUCGGUCCACUCCAUCCACCCUCAGUCAAAUAUGUUCGAGAGAAGUCGAAGAAGAGGAGUUUCUUUCUGUACAUUUGCAAAGACAUGUGAUCAUCAGAUGGCUCCAUAUACCAUAAAAUAUAUGUUGCACAGGGAAUGUUGAGAUAUUUGUAUACAGAUAUAAUCUAAUUACUGCUUCAUUGGUGACAACUAUGAAGAGAAUAGCACACAAAAAACACAACAGCAAAAGAUGCUGUGUCAGCAAACCAUGAGGCAGUAACGUAAAGGUGUAUUCUGAUAAACAAGUUAAAAGCUGCUGCCCACUACACAGAGCAGGACGUGCAUGUUUGUAAUAAGCAAAGGUGGGAAAAGUUCCUUUAAUUUUAGUGUACCAAUAUUUAAGACCUAUUUCAGUAAUUAUCUAGAUAUUAUAUGUGAUAACAGUGUAGAGAUAACAUGCUAGGAGUCUUCAUCAGCCUGUCUUCAGAUAAAUGCCCUGAAGCUUUGUGUGAGGCAAAUUCUAGUCUAAUGGAAACAUGUACUGCAAUGUCACUUUAUUUUAAAAGUUCCACUGUUUGACAUUUAUUUAAAGCUAUAUAUAAACAUUUAAUGUAUAUUUGUGACCAGUAUAGUAUGACUCAGCGUACCUAUUUUUACUAAUUGGUUAUAACAUCAAGAUAUUCUAUUGAUUUAGAGCUACGUUUGACUAUACUGUCAUGUCACAGUUAUUAACAAAUACAUGAAUCCAGCUAUGUAACCAUUAAAUGUUUGCAUAUGCUUAUAAAUGCCAAAUAUGGAGCUUCAAAUGUUAUCAUCAAGACUAUCACUAUUAGACAUUAAGUUUGAUUUUUGGACAAACUCUCCUGAUGUUUCACCUCUGCCUCACUUUGAUGAUGUUUUGUGACAACAGUCUCUGGACCUGCUGUGAUUCCUGAGGUGUGUGUACAUCUCAUAUUUCUGACUGUUUAGGUUGGAAAGCCAGCCAGCUGUGUACGCAGGGUGUUUCCAGACUUCUCAGAAGCUCUUUAGCAACACACCACAGUUAUUUGUCUGAGGUUUGAUGGAGCUGAGGCCCAGUCACUCUCCACUACUUUACAGAAUAAAAACACCCUACUUUACCUUGCUGCUGCUGCUUACCUGUCACACCUCCAGUAUAAGCACUUACAACUGUUGAUUGUAGAAUUCAAGAAUCACAAGGUUGUAAUACAUGAGUACUGUAACUUGUUCUUCUGUUGUUGUGUGGUGACUUUAGGAUUUCAGAACAGUUUCAUCUAUUUCGGCACUUUUUCUGCUUUUAAUUUUUAAGACAAAGGACCAGAGGGACGUCAGCUCCUCUCUGUUUGUGAAUGCCUCACGGCCGUAUGGUGUUGGAUAUACUGUAUAGAGUAUUUUCAGAUUAUAAUGUCAAUGCAUGUAUGUACAGCUUGCAAAUUCAGUACUGUACUUAUCUCAUUACAGUAGGUAACCAGAGUGAACCAAAGCAUCGGUGUUUGCAUCUGUGUUGUGUUGUUUCAUUGUGGCUAAAACUUGGAACAAAACAAUAAAUU